UGCAAUUGGAACGGAUGAAAAAUCAAUAUUGAAUUCUCUUUCGAUUUGCUCUCUUCUCUGUACAAUCCCACCAUUGCUGCAGGUCAAGGUUGAACCCAGAUUAUUGGGACACUAACACAAAGAAGGGUCGUUGUGGUGGUGCUGGUUUAGGGUUUAGGGUAGUCGACGAAGAGAGAAGCAGCAUUCGCGGCGGCGUCUCCGACCGGGAAAGUGAGAUUACAUGUAAUUUUCAAAAACAUAUAAGGGUAUUACAGGAAUUCCAAAACUUUUUAAACCUGCAACUGCAACCCCCCCAGACGUUGCUGCUAAAAUCUGCUGCCACUGCCCCGUAGCUUUUAGAAAAAGCGGCUUUUAUCCACCGCACCCUCUUUUAAGAAUAAAUAAAUAAAGACUCCGUCAGUCGUCUCUCUCACUCUCUUCUCCUUCUCUCAAUACACAGACCCUAACCCUAACCCAAAAAUACCAUACCCGAAUUCCCUCAACUUUUUUCACUCCAAUUACACACAAUUUCGAUAAGCCCUAAUAAAAGAGAAGAAAAUAAAGGAAAUGGAAGAAUUGGAGAAAGAAGCUCAGCGGCUGAAAUCUCUAGCCGAGGCCAAAUACAAAGACUCCAACGUCAAAUCAGCCCUCAAAUAUGCAAAACGUGCCGAGCGCCUGUGCCCAAGCAUGGAAGGUAUCUCCUCCAUGGUCACUGCCUUAAAGAUCAUCCAUACGGCCUCCAAAAGCCCCAAUCCCGACUGGUACAAGGUCUUGCAGGUGGAGCCCUUUGCUCACAUCAACACCAUUAAGAAGAACUACAAGAAGUUCGCGUUUCUUCUCCACCCUGAUAAGAAUCCUCAUGCCGGUUCCGAAGAGGCUUUCAAACUCGUCAACGAGGCCGUUAGGUUCCUUUCUGACAAGCUUAGGAGGAAGGAGUAUGAUAUGAAACUCAGGAUUAGGAUUCAGGAUGAGAAGAUAAAAGAAAGUGGUGUUGGGGGUUUAGGUUCGAGUAUGGGGGUGGAGAGUGACACCUUUUGGACUGCCUGUUCGACGUGCCGGCUUUUGCACCAGUUUGAGAGGAGGUAUUUGGGGCAUAAUUUGGUUUGCCCAAGUUGUAGGAAGAGCUUUAAGGCUCUGGAGGUUGAAAGUGGUGAGAAUGCCAAGAUUAGGACUAGUGAGAGAUUAAGGAAAGCGAGUUUGGCAUCAAAAGGGGGAAUGAGUAGUGAAGGAUUGGGGAGGAGAGUGAGUGACAGUGGUGAAAUAAAUGGUGGUACUGGUGGGAGAAGGAAAAGUGAUGGGUUGCAGAGGAAGGGUGAAGUAGGUACAGGAGAUUUAGACAGUCAAGUGAGUGCUGGGAGAAGGAAGAGAGGUAUUUUGGAGAGGAAAGGUGAAGGGGCUACUGGGGAUGUGGAUUGUCAAGUUACCUGUGGUGAUGCUGGUGAACUGAGUAGUUUGAGGUUGAGGAGGAGAAUGAGUAGUGUUGGAGAGGUGAUGGAGAGGUCUAAACCAAAGAAGGCAAAAACCGGUGAUGAAAUGAUGACAUUGGCAGAAAUUAAGCAAAAGGUCCGAGAGGGGAAGUUGAAGAUGAAGGACAAGGAGGAUGAAAGAGAUAAGAAAGAGAAGAGGGAGAGGCUGAGGCAUGAAAAUUUAAAGAAGGGUAAGAAUUUAGAGGUUGAGAGAUGCGCUGCUUCAAAGAAGAAGGAUUUAGAAAGUGAUAAAAGUAAGGGCACGUCAAUAGAGAAGUGCAGGGGGUCCAAGAGUGGGGAUCUGGAAAUUAUGGUGGUAGAGGAUUCAGAUUUUUAUGAUUUUGAUAAGGAUAGAGUGGGGAGGAGUUUUGAGAAAGGGCAGGUUUGGGCUAUAUACGAUGAUGAUGACGGAAUGCCAAGGCUUUAUGGUUUGAUUGAUGAGGUUGUUUCUGUCAAACCUUUUGAGGUGAAAAUGAGUUGGUUGGAUCUUCAGAAUAAUAGUGAUGAGUGGCUUGCCUCUUCAGAGAAAAUGGGAUUCCAUGUGUCUUGUGGGAGGUUUAAAGUUUCCAGAAAGACUUCAAUUAAUUCAUUGAAUAUAUUCUCUCAUCUCGUGGAUUGUGAAAGGGUGGCAAGAGAGAUUUAUCAUAUUUAUCCGAAGAAGGGGUCAGUGUGGGCGUUUUAUAAUGAAGCAGCUUUGGAUGCAGAGGGAAGAAACUGGUCUGUUAAAGACAAGCGGUGUUACGACAUAGUUGUGUUUCUGACAACUUAUAGUGAGAUGUACAGUAUGAGUAUAGGUUAUCUUGAGAAGGUUGAUGGGCUCAAGACAGUAUUUAAGAGAAGGGAGAUCGGGUCUCAUGCUGUUAGGUUGCUAGAAACCAGUGAUGUUAGGUUGGCUUCACACCAAAUACCUUCUAGGAAGCUCUCGGGUGAUGAGGCUCCAAACAUUUUCAAAGACUGCUGGGAACUUGAUCCUGCUUCUCUUUCUCCGGAUUUACUUACAUUUGGUUCUGGAAGAUAUGUUUAGACUAUAGUUGGGAAAGCAGAGAGCAAUUCGUGUAGCCUUUUCUUCUUCUUUUUUGGGGGUUCAAAGUGCGAUAUGCUGCUGUACAUCCACUACCCUACUGAGGUGAUUUUUGUAGCAAAUGAGGGUAUUGCUCCUGAACUACAAUCUAAUCAGUUGCUGCGACUAUAUAAUCUUCCAUUUUUUUUCUUAUGGGAUUGGAUUAAAUGCUGGUUUACAAUCAAAAGAUAAAUAUGUAUGUAUACUGAUUAAUGUGAAGCAGCUGUUUUUCUGUUCUGCUCUUA